ACACAAGAAAGAUGACACGCUUAGCUCCGGCUCUUGCUCUUCUGUCACUGCUUUGCUUCAACGUUCUUGUUGUGGGUGUUCUUGCUAGAGAUGUUGCCACUGUGAAAGACGAUGACAAGAAGUUUCUGUCCUUCGGAAAAGGAGGUGGGUUUGGUGGCGGUUUUGGUGGUGGUGGUGGUGGUGGGUUCGGUGGCGGUGGCGGUCAUGGCAUUGGUGGUGGAGCUGGUGGAGGAUUUGGCAAAGGUGGUGGACCUGGUGCUGGCAUCGGCAAAGGUGGCGGUUUUGGUGGUGGUGCUGGAGGAGGAUUUGGCAAAGGAGGUGGAAUCGGUGGUGGUGCAGGUGGUGGUGCAGGUGGAGGAUUCGGUAAGGGAGGAGGAGUCGGUGGAGGGAUCGGCAAGGGUCACGGUCACGGAAUUGGUGGUGGAAUCGGAAAGGGUGGCGGAGCUGGGGGUGGAUUUGGCAAGAAGGGUCACGAUCAUGGUCACGGUCACGGUCAUGGAGUAGGUGGUGGAAUUGGAAAGGGUGGCGGAGCUGGGGGUGGAUUUGGGAAGGGUGGUGGUGUCGGUGGAGGUAUUGGUAAAGGUGGUGGGGUUGGAGGUGGAAUCAGUAAGGGUGGAGGAUUUGGAGGUGGUGUUGGGGGAGGCUAUGGUGGUGGUGGGGGAAUUGGUGGUGGAAUAGGAGGAGGGUCUGGUGGUGGAAUAGGUGGUGGGUUCGGAAAGGGUGGAGGAAUUGGUGGUGGGUUUGGAGGUGGUGCUGGUGGCGGCGGCGGAUUUGGUGGUGGCGGUGGCGGUGGUAUUGGAGGACGUAACUAGCUUGGACCGAUGUCCGUUGCAUGGUUAAUGAAACCACGUUGCA